GCUCGAUAAUCACGAUAUUUCGCGACAAUCGCGACAAUCGCGACGACCGUGCCACGCCGCGUCACGCGUGUUGUAUGUACGUAAACUGGCGAACGUUGGAUAUUCCCGGAGGUGCGUGCGGAUAUUACAGAGGAUCCUUCUGAAAUUCCAUUUUUUUCCCGACAAAUGCAAUUUUUUUUUUCUCGGAAUAUCCGCGGGGAAAUUAGCGGACCGAUAUGAUUGAACUCGCGGCUCGUAUUCGCGUUAACGAUCGCGAAUCUCGGAGGAGACGCGUUUCCUGCGAGAUUAUGGAUUCCCGGAAGUUGACGAUUGGCACAAAUGGCUAACAUAGUCGCGAUAGUCGCGUUGGGCGUAUCGUGUUCUGAGCUUGUGUAAACUCCCGGCUCUCGGCGCUCGCUGAAACGAUUGGUUUAGUGUGCUGUACACACGUAUAUACAUAUACCGAUAUACGCUACACACACACACACAUAUAUAUCUAUAUGUAUACCAGUAUGCAUUUAUGGAACUAAACAAUAUCCGCCGCGCACCUUCGUGCUCCACGUCCCUGGACGUGAUCGGAGCUCCCCCACCAGCGGGGUGCGCUCACUGCGCGCACGCCGUCGCGCGAGCGUUUCGUCCAAGUCGCCCGGCAGCGGCCGAGCACGUAUGUGACAUGGCGUCCGGGUAGAAAGAAAGUUAACUGCUAAAUAAACGUUAAUGUUGUUUUUAUGACACUGACCGACCGAAAAGGGAACAUCCGAGGCCGCGAAUUUCCCACAGACACUGGCAUUGAUGGUAAUGCAUGCGAGGAAACCUCAAAGGAUCAGCGAUGGAACGCAAAGUACAGCAGUUCUAAGGGUGGCUAUUCCUCCUCGACCACGUCAUCGGACAGUCGCUACGAAGGACGUAUGCGCGACUCUCCAAAUGGUAACUCUUACAGUCCAGCCGGCAGCUUGGGAAUGGGCAUGGGGACGGACCGGGACAGCCCUCGGAAUUACACAUCCAAGCCUCUUUACAAGAAGGAGAGAGAAAAUAGAGACUAUAAACUAUCCUCCUCUAGGGACAAGUAUUCCGAUUGUGCACGAUCCCUAAAAGACAAGAGAAGCCGUGAGAGCAGGGAUUCAGAACACAGGACCAACCACGAUAGGAGUAGUGGGGAGAUCUUACAUCCCUUAAAAUUAUCAUCAAAUUCAUCAAGGGAAUCUUCAUCCCAGAGAAAACCAUCACACAAUUCCUGUCAGGAUAAACGUGGUGAUGAGCGAGGAGGUGCAACGGAACGGACAGCCAGAUUUGGCGAUUGGUCCGAACACAUGAGUUCGUCAGGAAAGAAGUAUUAUUACAACUGCAAGACGGAAGUUUCUCAAUGGGAAAAACCACGGGAAUGGAUCAGUCGGACAGAUAAUCGUCCACGCCAAUCUAGUGACUACUCUUCUAGGUCAAGUCAUGAUAAACAUUCCAACUCGCGAUCAAAUAGCAGUAGCAGUAUGCGAGAUGGUAAAUCGUCGCGACAGUCUGACAAACGAGAAUACUGGAGCUUAUGUAGCGCGAGCGGUGGUGGCAGUAGCAGAGAUGAUGUUUCCGCAAGGGAGAGAGAGCGGGAAAAAGAACGGGAAAGAGAACGAGAACGAGAACGAGAGCGAGAACGUGAACGUGAACGAGAACGAGAACGGGAAAGAGAAAGAGAAUCUAGAGAAUGUAGAGAAGAAGUUAGUGUAGAACGCCAAACUCAAGAUAUGGAUAUCUCACCAGGUGAUUCUACACCCACUUCGGAACCUUUAACGUCAUCCUGCGCUCAUGAUCCACUGCCACAAGGCCCUGUUCUCCUGGCCGCUGCGUUACCUCGGUUAACAUCACAUCCAUCGUCAACGACACCACAGGCAACUGGAAAACUUAGUUCGCCAACGCAACAACAGGGAAGUAGUAAUGCUCCGGGACCACCGGUGUCACUAGCAAAUCUCCCAAGACUACUAUCACAAAUUACGGGCAACAAAGAACAACCUGACAUCACACCACAGAAAGCAUUACAGACAAUUCAAACAGCUAUCUUGCUAUCCCGACAACAGUCUGUUAGUGGGGAUCGAACUAAUACUGGAAGUGAUGUGAUGGUUCCAUUAAAAGUUGAUACAAGUGGCAAUAUUACCAGCGAGGGUCCACCUACUCCCACACAUUCAGAAACCCAGGAUUGUAUUGAUGCGCGAAAAUUGACAAGUCCUGGAGGAACGAAUUCCGGAGUUCAAGGUCUAAGCUCCUUGCAAAGUCUCAGUACAUUAGGUUCCCUUGGAAAUUUGAGUAAUACAGGAGGUUUGCAGGCAUUGUCAAGAGUGCAGCCUCCUUUAACACCUUCUUUAACACCAUCUCUCGCUAAUCAUUAUCGGGAAGACUUAACACAGCAUGUGCGUGCUUUUCCUGCUGAUAUUCUCGAAAAACAGGCACAGAAACUUAGUGAGGAAGCACAUACAAUGGGCAGUUUGCAGUGUACGAGAGUGUCCGCAGAAUUGAAGACGGCACGAUCGAUAGUGAGGCUGACAGAAAUUCAGGCAACGUUACAGGAACAAAGGAUAUUAUUCCUCCGUCAACAAAUUCAAACACUAGAGGAGUUAAAAUCCCAAAAUUCCUUCAUGUCUGACGAUUCUUAGUGUAAGAAUCUUUAUAAAAUAAUUAUGAUUACAAUCUAUAAUUAAUUCAAGCAAAAUAAAACAUGAUUAUUAAUAUUCUCAUUAAUAUUGAAUAAUUAAGAUUGUACCUAAAUUAUAAUAUCGUAAUAGAAGUGAUAUAAUAGCGAAUGAACAUGGGCUGCUCAGAGAGGAUUGGCUGUUUCAUUUAUCAGCCAACGAGUCUUAAUAAGUAAUUAAUGAAUUUAUUAGUGAAUCCACCUCUCUGAGAAGCACAUCAGGCCUAUCCAACACAAGUAGCACAGCAGUGCUUGCAAAGCGCUAAAAAAGUGAUUAUGUGCGCUUUGUUAGCUCUUUGUUAACGUAAGCGCUGUGUGCUACUUGAGAAGUCGCAAACACAACACUAAAUGAUUAGAAAAACGAAUCAAUUUUAUCAGUUCAAUGCAAACUACUGAAUUGUAUAUCUGAAUUGUCCACAUCGUCUUGUAUUUACCUAUGUUAUACGUGUCAAUGUUUCAUAUCCCAAGAUUAAGCGGCAUUUUAACUAGUUGAAAUUUUUGUUGUAAAUCUCGGAAUAAAAUUCGUGCCACAAAUUUUAAUACAGUUCUUUAUCAGCCAUAGUUUCACUUACCUAAUCUCCUAAAUUUUUCGUUGAGAGAGGGAGAGAAUCGCUUUUAGAGAACUUAUAUUAAAUAUAUUUACAUUAAAUAUGAGACAGAGGAAAUUAUAUAUUUUAUAUUCAGAUUUGUGUUCGAUCUCCAAUCAUUUUAUUACAGGGUUUCUUGACAUUGUAGAAUGUAUCAUCGCUGUGAGCAAGUAUUGAUAUAUUAUUAUACAUGCUCUCCUAUUUACAUCGUGUAAUUAAAAAGUAUAGCAUUGACGCGCGCGAAAUUUUAGAAUAACAAACGGCUACCAUUUAAUUUCUAGUGUGUAAAUAGCAGAAUCAGAGUGAGUAUUAUUUACGAACGAUAUAAUUUUAUGCAUGGUAAAUUUUUUCAGUUAAUAAGAACAAUUAUUGUAUCGAAACUAUGAAUUAAAAUAAAAAUACGCAUU